CCUUGAGUGUGCACAUACAUCAUACGUAUAUGCACUCAUGUGUGAAAGAAAUUUAAUGUGAUACAUGUACAUAUCACAUUUGAUGGACAACCGAUGCGAGAUACAAGAUUGAUUCUAGUUUUAUCCACUUUGUCAUUCGUUAUAGAUGGAGAUUCGUUAUUCUUAUCAGACUACUGAAUGAAAGUACUCAAUUAAAUCUUCGCCAUGUCAUCAAACUUCAUUCCAGGGUGUAUAUUCAUCAUCUAUCUGCUCAUCGCCUUGCCCUGUUUCAUACUCACGCAGAAAUGCCACCAUAAACCUCUUCAAAUCACCCCGAACAACCGAAUCCAUGUGGAUAGGACUAAAACACAGUCUCGAAUUCUCAGUCAAGAUAAGAGAAUGAAAUUUCACAUUGAGUAUCACUCGUCGGUUAUGGAACGCCCACAAGCACGAGAAAUUCAGAGUGUUGUAGCUGAGGUAGUGGAUCGUGUUUCUAGAACGCUCUCUGUAAAGCAGGAACCGGGCAAUUUUCUCUUUGAAACAAAUUGUGAGAAACCUCGCGAAGCUGUGACUCUCAACGGUCAAGAAUACUGCACUGUUGAUGCCUGCUACUACUCUAUCUGUGGCGAGAUUACGGCGCCAAAAACUUUAUCAGAGCCAUGUUUCGACUGCAAUAAUCGUGGCGAAAACUGCACGAAAACAGGAGGCCCGCCAACAGACAGAGAACCUGUUCAUUAUACUUUAUUUGUCGCGUCACUGACUGCAUCGUGUAAACAGAAUUAUAUCGCCUAUGCAUACGCUUGUCGGAUUGAUGACACGACGGAUAGGCCUGUAGCAGGUGUAAUUAACAUCUGCCCGAUCGGUUUCGAGCUGGGUAGGGAGCGACUGCUGGAUACUGUCCAACACGAGAUAUUUCAUGCUCUGGGAUUUUCUUCAUCAAUGUAUGGUCUCUAUCGAGAUGCGAAAGGCAAACCCUUGACACCCCGAGAAGCAAAUGGAUUACCAGCUCUAAAUCCCAAAACGUUUGUGUUCGUAUGGAGUGAUCAAGUGAUUCAGAACUUCACCCUGGAUUGGGAAAACAUUAAUGGUACGACAGAGCGUUCUAUUCAGGCAUUUGUUACGCCAAACGUCCUGAGGGAAGCCAGAGCCCACUUCGGCUGUCCUAGUCUGAUGGGUGUGGAAUUAGAAGAUGGUGGUGGAUACGCUACCGCAAUGUCUCACUUUGAGAAAAGAAUCCUGGCGACAGAAUCAAUGAACGGUAUGUUGACUCCAGCUCGGGUUUUCUCACGUAUAACCCUGGCCCUCAUGGAAGACACUGGAUGGUACAUACCCGACUAUGAAAUGGCUGAUAUCAUGAACUGGGGGAAGGAUCUCGGAUGUGACUUCGUCCAGAAGAGCUGCAAGAAUUGGAUCGACACAAGGAUAAAUGGUGGCCUGUCUCCAGCCCCUUGGUGUACCAAUGAUCAUGAGGCGGGUUGCCACGCUGAAGGAACAGAUGUGGCAUUCUGCAAACUCAGUAAAUACGAUUCGCCCGUCCCGGAAAUCUUCCAGGUAUUUACUGCGAUAGAUGGAAUUGAACCUGCUGAACUUUCUAAUAUUGGAGGCAACUUAUUAACCGACUACUGCCCAUUUUUUGAGGUUGAUAGAUAUUAUUGGCCGAACCAAUCUACCACUGCCCUCCUCUGCAAUAAUACGGAAAUAAUCGAUGAUUGCAGAAAAAGUAACUGCACGAAUGGUGGAGUGUGUCGUGACGUCAUCAAUGGUUACUAUUGCAAUUGUCCAGCCGGAUAUGCAGGCGCACUCUGCGACCAUGUGAACGUGGAAUGCACUGUGAAUUCGAACUGCCAAGUCAACGAGGUUUGCACUGCCAACCGGUGCUUAUGCGGACGAGAUAGAAUACGAAAUGCGAAUGACGAGUGCAUUGGAGUAACAGAUGUAAAAGAAUACACAAUAAGAAUAACAGUAACGGAGGUGAAUGGAGUCCCUGCUGUAUACCAUCGAUCAUUGAUGCGAGCUUCCGGAGACUCAUUUAGACAUGGAAUCGAGUAUGAGGUUCGCCAGAUCAUACGGAGCAACCCAAUUCUUCACGACGCCCUUGUGAACGUCGUGACCAGGAGUAUAUCUAGUGGGAACAUCGUAGUCGACCUAGCUCUGAUCUUUCAGAAGAGCUCGUUCCAUAACUCUUCUACCAUUACAAUGGCUUCAGUGGUAGCUGCUACUGCCAUGCAGGAUAACGUAUUGAGGAGGAGUGGCACUGCGUACACGGUGAUGGCAAGUGCAACAGUUGUUCAAGAUGCAAACGAGUGCGAGGAUGGAGCCGGCAAUGACUGCUCUCCGUACGCUCAGUGUAUGAACACAGUCGGAAGCUACGAAUGCACCUGCCAACCGGGGACUACAGACACCGGACCAACUGGGGUCCUUCCCGGUCGAGAAUGCACAGACGUAAACGAAUGUUCGACAACUUUGGACACCGACUGCUCAAUCGAUGCCGACUGCGUGAAUAUGGUGGGGUCAUACACCUGUCGCUGUCGUGACGGCUACGGUGACGAUUCGCUCGAUGCUAACAGGCCUGGAAGAGUGUGCUCUAAACAGGCACUUCCAGCGAUUCCAUCACUUCCAGGGCCAUCGGCGCUCCCAGGACUUCAACCUGGUGUCAUCAUCUCCUUGUCCGUUGGCCUUGGGGUUGUCCUUUUGCUAGCCGUUCUCCUUUAUAUGAUCAUCUGGAAAACGGUGGAGCGAAGAAAGAGAAGCCUACCAUACAAAGAUCCUUACAACUCUCGAUCUCCGAAUCAUCUCCCUCGUCACCACACCCACACUUUUGUCAAGAGCGUCAAGACAGUUGAUCGCGAAGUGGGUAGCAACCCUUAUCCUAAGCGUGAUAAGCCCCGCCAACAUCGUAACCUUGAUGAGCCCCGCCUACAUCGUAACCAUGAUGAACCCCGCCCACACCGUAACCAUGAUGAGCCCCGCCUGCAUCGUAACCAUGAUGAACCCCGCCCACACCGUAACCAUGAUGAGCUUCGCCCACAUCGUAAUCAUGAUGAGCCCCGCCUACAUCGUAAUCAUGAUGGGCCCCGUCAACAUCGUAACCAUGAUGAGCCCCGCCUACAUUGUAACCAUGACGAGCCCCGCCCACACCGUAACCAUGAUGAGCUUCGCUCACAUCGUAAUCAUGAUGAGCCCCGCCCACAUCGUAAUCAUGAUAAGCCCCGCCAACAUCGUAACCAUGACGAGCCCCGCCCACACCGUAACCAUGAUGAGCCACGCCCAAAUCGUCAGCAUGAUGAGCCCCGCCCACUUCCUGGAGCGCUGUAUGGUGACCUAAAUAGCAGUUGGUAUUACGGUGAAAAUAGAGGUCACAUGGAUUCACCAUUUAUGUCGACGGGGUCUGACAUUUACGAGGCAAUUUGACACGAUUUUGAGGCAAUAAUUAGAGAUUCAGAAUGAUAACCUCAUAAUCAUGUUUAUGUAUCCAGGGAAGCCUCAUCAGCAUCAAUGCUGUACCUCUUCAGGGCCCUGCAAUUUAUUAUUAUCCCCCGAAUCACCAGGUUCACAUAGGUGUAGAGGUGUUGUGGACGAGUGGAUAAGUCGCCGGACUGUGGAUCACAAGGUCCGUGGUUCAAGUCCCG